UGUUUCCUCCAUUUGUAGGAAAUAAACAAACGGAUGACUAACAUUGUUCACAGAGUAGCAGGUUGGUUUUUUAGUGGAAAUUCUGGAAUGGAAGACGUUGGAUCUAUCAAAGUUUACAAAAACACAAAUCAUCCAACAAAAGCUUGGUCAGAAAUUUCAGUAAAACAAACUGUAAACAAGGUAGUUCCUCUGUCGCCAGACACCCCCAUAUCUGUAGAUAAGCUGAGGGUUGUUUGCAUAUCUGAUACACAUACAAAGAUUGAGGCUGUACCAAAGAUAGUUCCUGAUGGAGAUAUCCUCAUACAUGCUGGAGAUUUCACAAAUGUUGGACUGGCAAAUGAAGUGAAGAAAUUUAAUGCUUUUCUAGGUUCACUGUCACAUCAAGUAAAAAUAGUGAUAGCAGGGAAUCAUGACCUUACUUUUGAUGAUGAGAUGGUAAACAACCGACGAGAUUAUCUCAGAAGGAACUUUGGAGUGUCUGAAAAAGGUUUUGAGCAGUUACUGGAAACAUAUAAUGUACAGCAUGUAAAAGAACUGCUGACAAACUGUGUAUAUCUGGAAGAUGCUGGCAUUGAUGUAUGUGGGGUUCAUAUCUAUGGUUCACCAUGGCAGCCAGAGUUCUGUGACUGGGGAUUUAACCUUCCAAGAGGAGAAAAAUGCCUGGAGAAAUGGAAUCUCAUACCCAGCAGCACUGAUAUUCUGAUUACACAUGGACCUCCAAUUGGUCAUGGUGAUGCAUGCUUUGAUAAAAACAGAGCUGGAUGUGUUGAACUUUUGAGUACAAUACAGCAGAGAGUAAAACCAAAGUAUCAUAUAUUUGGACAUAUCCAUGAAGGUUAUGGUGUAACAAGUGAUGGGCACACAACUUACAUCAAUGCAUCAACAUGUACACUACGAUACCGCCCGGAUCAUGCACCAGUUGUCUUUGACUACCCUGUGCCUGAAGGACAUAUGAAAGAUGAACUGCUGAAAAUAUCACCUCAGAGACUUAUUAGAUCUGCUUUCCACUAGGAAUGUUUACAAACAUUUAUCAGUAUCAGGACAACAGUUUUAAUCCUAUAUGAUUUAAGACUUGCAUAAUAAUGUAAAAUGAUGUAGGUCUUUGUUGAGUAAAAGAUAUUAUUACAUUGCCUCUUAUAUAAGCCACAGGUCCAUAGGUUUUUUAGCUCACCUGAGCACAAAGUGCUCAGUGUGAACUAUUGUGAUCACCCUGUAUCUGUCAUGCAUUUUCACUAGGUCACAAGGUCAAUUAAUAGGAAAACCUUGUUAACAGUGUCUCCCCAGGUCACAUUUUCUACCUCUUCUUUAUGAAACUUUGUCAGAAAGUUUGUCUUUAUGAAAUGAAAAUGUAGGUCAAGUUUAAAACUGGAUUACCUGAGGUUAAAAACCAGGUCACUAGGUCCAAUUUAUUUGCCAAAUUUUGUAAAUAUAUUCUGAAUUUUGAAAAAAAAAGAAAUAAUCUUGUUCUACAUUGUAGAAAAAAAUUAUCUGAAUGUGCAGAAUUACUUUAAUGAUCUACCUUAUUUACAUAAAACAUGGUCAAAAUGUUUGUCUAUGUGAAAUCUUGGCCAAGUUAGAUACUAGGUUAUCAGUGGUAAGAACUUGGUCAGGUCAGUGUUACAGGGCUUUCAGGCCCCUCUUAUCUAUAUGACUGGUCAAUGUCAAGCACAGGGAUACAGGGCUUUCAGGCCCCUCUUAUCUAUAUGACUGGUCAAUGUCAAACACAGGGAUACAGGGCUUUCAGGCCCCUCUUACCUAUAUGAAUUGUCAAUGUCAAACACAUGAUUACUCAGGGUUAAUAAGUAUAGAAAUUAAAGAUUAAACUGAAAAUAGACUUGUGUUGUUGUGUAAAAAAAACAUUAAUAUUGAAUGGCUCCUGUCAUAUAUAUACACUUUAUGUAAUUUAUUUUAUAUGUAAAUGUUUGUAUUAACUGAAGGAUGGGUUCCAAAUUUGUUGGCCUUCCAUAAAUUAGACCCUACAUUUUUAGCUCACCUGAUUUUUGAAAAAAAUAUAAGAGGUAUUAUUUCAUUUAAUUGUCAGCAUAGGCUUUGGUUGAGAUUUUUGUUUAGGUCCACCUCUCAGAAAUUAUAACAGCUAUAGCUUUGAAAUGAUGCUCACUUGUGUCUCAUUUUUGUUGAGCAAGUAGGCCAAGAACCAUAACUCUCACAUGCAAUUUGUCAGAAUGAUGACCCUUUCUUUUUUUUUAAGUUCACUUUCUUUAACAUUCUUUAAACAUAUUUCUGAUAUGCAAUUUGUCAGAAUAAUGGUCUUUUGUUUACUUAGAAAAAUGGAAUUAUCUUGGCCAAUAAAUAUUCCCACUACAAUACUAACGUACAACAAAAAGAAAAUGUCAUAGAAUUUCACUGCUGUGCAGUAUCACUAUAUAUUUUAUGAAUUAUGUCUCCCACCACACAGUGGUGUGGGAGACAUAUUGAUUUACUCCAGUCUGUGUGUGUGUGUGUGUGUCUGUCACAAAGCUUGUCCACACCCUAAGUCGAACAUUUCUCGUCUGAUUUUCACCAAACUUGAACAAAAUGUGUUUGACCAAUAAGGCCUCGGCCAAGUUCGAUAACUAGCCAAAUUGGUCCAGGCGUCUUGGAGUUAUGGCCCUUGAAUUACCAAAAAUCGGUCUUUUUACUCUUGUCCGCACUCUAAUUCGAAUAUUUCUCAUCCAAUCUUCACCAAACUUAAACAAAAUGUGUUUGACCACGAGACCUCAGCCAAGUUUGAUAACUAGCCAAAUCGGUCCAGGCCUUUUGGAGUUACGGCCCUUGAAUUAUCGAAAAAUCGGCCUUUUUACUCAUGUCCGCACUCUUAAUCCAACAUUUCUCAUCCGAUCUUCACCAAACUUGAACAAAAUGUAUUUGACCAUGAGACCUCAGCCAAGUUCGAUAACUAGCCAAAUCGGUCCAGGCAUUUUGGAGUUACAGCCCUUGAAUUAUCGAAAAAUCGGCCUUUUUACUCUUGUCCGCACUCUAAGGCGAAUAUUUCUCAUCCGAUCUUCACCAAACUUGAACAAAAUGUGUUUGACCAUGAGACCUCGGCCAAGUUCGAUAACUAGCCAAAUCGGUCCAGGCAUUUUAGAGUUACGGCCCUUGAAUUACCAAAAAAAUCCGUCUGUUUACUCUUGUCCACUCUCUAAGUCGAACAUUUCUCAUCCGAUCUUCACCAAACUUGAAGAAAAUGUGUUUGGCCAUAAGACCUAAACCAAGUUCGAUAACUAGCCAAAUCCGCCCAGGCAAUUUUGAUUUAUGGCCCUUGAAUUACUAAUUGGAUCUACUCAUCCAGACCAUCUAAUUGGAUCCACUCGUCUAAAACAUCUAGAGAAACUAACAUUUUUCAUAGGGGCAGUUGUGGGAUACAUGCGCUUUUCUCAAAAGCAUCUCUAGUUUGUUUUGAUUUUGAUUAAGUGCAAUAAAGUGUGGGUAGCCAUGUGUCUUUUAUUUUGCACAUUAUAAUGAUGUUUUGGAAUCCUGGUAUUUAACCAUUUUAGUCCUUAUAUCUGUCAUGCAUAAAGGAUUGUUGGUGUUACUCUGUUUAAACUUUUUCCAUGAGAUAAAUGGACUUUUUCUACCUUCAUUUAGAGUGUAACAUUGCAUUUUGUUUAUAAUAUUUGGUUAUAUCUAGUUCCAUAAUGUUAUAUGCAUUUACAAAAAAAGGUACCAUUAAUACUAGAAAUGUUGACCCAUCUUUUUUUUGUCAUGGUUAAUGAUUCAGUGUUUGCUUUUUUUGCAAAUCUGUGCUAAAGGCAAUAAGCCAUUCAUGUUUCAAAAAUGAUUCCUUCUUAAAAUAUAUUUUACAUACAGAUAUAUAUUAUUUCACUUUACGUCAAUGAUAGCUAGUGUGGAUCAAAAAUAAUAAGCUGAUUUGACACGAUAUUAAUCACAUAAUGUGAAAUCAUUAACAUUCGUGUAUUCAUUCAUAUUCCCAUGAAACAGCCUUUUUGGGCAAAACCUUGAAGUUUCCUGCCCACAAAAUUAUUUCUUAAAAUAUGCAUGUAUUUGAAAUGUUUUUCGGUUCCUAGCAAGUUUUUUAACUCUUGCUUUUAUUUUGACAAAAUUAUGCAGAUUUUUCAACUUAGAAAAUUUGCUUGUACAUCACAGUAUUAAUGCAAUAUAUGCUGUAUAGUUAUGAAUUUAAAUGCAUAAAUGUUACAUGACUGUAUUUCUAAUGUUUACAGAACUUAAGUUAUUAUUAAUUCCAUUUAUACAUCUGGUGAUGGUUCUAAUUGUCUGGUAGCAUUUUCAUUUCCUCUCAAUGAUUUCCUAAGAUUUGCUAACUUGAUAUGCUCAUAACAUGACCCCUUGAUUUUGAAGUCAUUGGAUCAGAGGUCAACAUCUCAGUGAAUAUUAGUACAGAAGCCGUUUCCUCUCAAUAUUUUAAGAACCCCUUGCCCUACCAUCCUCAUACUUGACAGAUACAUUGUCCAUUGGCAGUGCAUGACCUGUACUGUAUUGAUAUGUUGAUCAGCAGUCCUCAAACUGGACAGGAAUAUUGUCCAUGAGUUAUGCAUAAUGGCUGUUGAUUUUGUGGUUAGUUGCCCUUACCAACAUAUCAGACUUCCGGCAAAUGUUGCGGCAAAUUGUCUUUUGGUAAACUUUUACCAUGCAAAUUAGUUUGCGGUGAAUUUGCUGAGAACAGUUCAUGCAAAUGAAGUUCGCAGCAAAUAUGCGGCAAACCUAAUGUUCUGGCGAGCUUUUGGCAAACUAUUUAUGCAAAUUAGUUUGUGGCUACUUUGCUGCAAACAAUUAUGCAAAUUUUUUUGCCGCAAAUUUGCUGCAAACUUUUGGCGCAAAAGUAACAGGCACUUCAUUUUUGCAGAACAAAAGAAUUUGGGUUCAGCAAUAUAUUUUCAAGAAAAGUAAGACCAGGCAUAUUUGUCUCUUAAAUUAGCAAAAUAUAUCAUCUGCUGACAAUGAUUUAUCUUUUCUUAAUAAUUAUACAGAAAGAAAUACAAAUGUACGAGAUCAGUAUGAUACAGUAUGUCUUUAGUAAAUAUGUUUUAUGCUUACAUGGGUAUUUUAAAGGUUGUGAAAGCUGAUAACUGAUUUGCAAAAAUUUCCCCUGUGUGCAAAUGUCUUAAUUCAUUUGCAGAUUCACUGUAAUCUAUUGUAUCUAGUCAUGGUCUUCAGGUAGCAAAAGCCUAAAAUAAACAAAAGCUAACCGUUAAAAAAUCAUUCAGUUUUUUGCAUGUGUAAUAAUGUGAAAACUAACCUUACAUCGCAACAUUUACUUCCGUGAUUUAUCAAUCUUUUUGUAAAGUUCUUUGUUUAGUAUGAAAUGUUAAUACAUCGAUGUUCAACUACUGUUUGGCAGUUUGAAAAUUGAGCCAAACUCAACGCAGCCAAUAAAAACAAAGAAGAAGUCAUGUGACACUGUUCUGGCAAUCCUCUGGCAAACUUUCAUAUCUUGUCAAAUAAUUAAAAGAUUCUGGUGACGUUUUGGUGAACAAAAUCAUGUGAUAAAGUUUCUGGCGAUGUUAUGGCAAACUCUUCAUUCAGUAAAGUCUGUGAUGAGUUUGCAGCAAAGUCACCGAAACGUUUGCCAAAAGAUCGCCGCUACCAGCAAACUCCUGCAAACAUUUAUUACUCUGUUCUUGUGAACUAAAAUGUUUGGGGCAAAUUUGCCGCAGGCUUUUCAUUUUGGUAAGGGUGGUAAGAGGUUAAGGUCACAGUGAUACAAUCCAGUUUAGCAUAAUAUUUUGAGAACCCCUUGACCUGCAAUCCACAGACUAGACUUUAAUGUUUUUGAGGUUGUCAAGGUCACAGAGACUGUUAGUACAAAACUCAUUCCUGUUCAGUAUCCCUUGACCUAAUAUUCUCAAACUUGGAAGGAACGUUGACAAUACAGGUCACAACGACUGCACAAAAAUUGCACAGUAUUUUAAGAUCCCCUUAACCUAUGGUCCUGAAACUUGACAUUAACAUUGUCCAUAAGCAAUACCCUUAUGAUUUGAAUUUAGUGGGUUGAAGGUCAAGGUCACAGUGACGGUUUUUACAGUAACUGUUUCUGCUGAGUACAACGGUGUAAUUGAGAACGACAUCAAAAUUUCAAGCAAACUGAACUAUAAAGUAAAUUAAAUCUAUAGUCAUAUUUUUGUGAAUCAUAAGGAAGUUUAAUUAAUAAAAUAAAAUUAUAUCCUUGCACAACUGGAUAUUUUUGAAAUUUUAACAUGUUAUUAAAACAAGUUAUUCUUGAGGUUUAGUGAAUUGUAAGUGUAUGUUCAAUAGACGAAAAAGUAAAUGAAGGGUUAGUUGUUUCGUUCAAUACACGAUAAUUUACACUA